AUGCUUCAGUAUUCUUCUCGUAUAUGGUAUUUUGGAUUGUGUCAAUGCAUUGGGUCUCAUGGUAAUUCUGGAGGCUUGGCCCUUUUUUGGGAUCCUCGUAAGAUUGUUCCUCUCUGGUGGAUUUCUAAUCAUUCUUCUAUUUCCAUGGUUGCUUCCGCUUUGGAUUCUGGUGAGACGAUUCUAAUUUCUAAUGUUUAUGCUCCACUUGAUAUCCGAUGUAAAACCCAACUUUGGGCGCAUCUUCAGUUUGUCCGCUCUUGUCCUCCUUAUCUUCCUUGGAUCUUAGGAGGUGAUUUUAAUUAUGUGUUGAGUCUGGAGGAGAAAAGAGGAGGGUUGCCUCGAUUGGGUUCGUCUUCUGAUCUUUUUCGUGCUCAGGUGGAUUUGCUUGCUUUAGUGGAUGUUAAGCCCUCUAAUGGGAUUUUUACUUGGAAUUAUAGAUGGGGUGGAGAGGAAACGAUUUUUGAACGGUUGGAUUGGUUUUUUGUCUCCUGUUUUUGGUGGUGGAGAGAGGGGGGUCCUGCUUUUGGCACAGCUAUGUAUUUCUUUGUUAAGAAGCUUCAGUAUGUCAAGUAUCACCUUAAGAGAUGGAAUGUGUCAUGCUUUGGUAAUCUUAAGUCUAAGAAGAAGAGUGCCUUGGAACGUCUUGCUAUGAUUGCUUGCCAGAUCCAGGAUAAUGGUUUCUCGGAUUCUCUUGGUAUAGCUGAGUCCCAUGCUUUGCGCAAUGUGGAGGAAUGGGAGCUUCAUGAGGAGAUGUUUUGGAAACAGAAAGUUCGGGUUGAUUGGCUUCAAGAAGCUAUGUCUCAUGAGGCUUGUCAGUUCUACUCUAAUCUCUUUUUUGAAAAUUCCUCCCCUACUGUGGAGGAGGAGAAUUUGAUUCUUUCUUGUAUUCCCUCUCUAGUGACCAAUACUAUGAAUGCUUCUCUCACUCCUUUGAUUUCAAUGUCUGAGUUAGAGAAUGUUGUGUUUGGUAUGAAUAAAGGUAAAUCUCCAGGCCCGGAUGGGUUUCCUGUUGAUGUUUUUCAGGAUUUUUCAGAUAUUAUUAAUUUGGAUUUAUUGGAGGUUGUUCGGGAAUCUCUUCAUCAUAAGAAGAUGCUCCAUGCUCUAAAUUCUACUUUCUUGAUUCUCAUUCCCAAAAAGAAAGGUGUUGAUAAGCUUGAAUUUUAUCGCCCUAUUGCUCUCUGUAAUGUGGAGCGUGCUAUGUUUAUCAAAUUGGAUAUGGCCAAGGAUUAUGACAGAGUUAAAUGGAGUUUUCUUCAGAACAUUCUUUUAGCCUUUGGUUUUAGUAAAGAGUGGGUGAGUUGGACUAUGAGUUGUGUUACCUCUUUGUCUUUUUUGGUGAUUGUGAAUGGUGAACCUUCAGUGCCUUUUAGUGCUUCUCGUGGCCUUCGCCAAGGAGAUCCUCUUUCACCUUACCUGUUUAUUAUUAUGGCUGAAGGUCGGGGUCGUCUUCUUAAGUUUCGUACUUCUCAGGGCCUAAUUCAUGGUUGGCAAUGGGGGAAUGGGGUGCCUCAAAUUUCACAUCUUCAGUUUGUAGAUGAUACUACUCUUAUGGGUUUGGCUCGUAUUAGGGAAGUUGAAUCUUUUCGUCAUGUGUUGGAUAUUUACCUUGCUGCUUCUAGUCAAAAAGUUAAUGAGCAUGUAAAUCUUCCAUCUUCUUCUUUAAUACUCCUCAGGCCAUUCAGAGGCGGAUUGUUGUUAUUCUUCGGUUUCAGGGAAUUUGAUGCCCUCUCUCGACAAUUUGUUUGGAGUGGUUCUUUGUCGACUACUAAAUGGAGCCUUGUUAAAUGGGAAACUGUGUGCAGACCUAAGAAUGUUGGUGGUCUUGGUUUACAUUCUUCUAUUUUGAAUGGGCAAGUUCUUGAUAUUAAGUUGUAUUGGUGUUGGUGCACUUGUAAGAAUCAGCUUUGGGCUUGUAUUCUUACCCAUAAGAAUCUUCCAGAGGUGAAUGGGUUUGAUGUUCCUCGCUUUCCUAUGGAGGGACAGGGUUCUAUGAUUUGGAAUACUCUUAAACUGGGGGCUUAG